AAAAAAGAAUCACAAUAUGUCCAAAUUCAGUAUGUCACUGUGAUGAAAAAUUGGAAGUAAUAGAAGAUUGCGAGCAUUGUAAAAAUAAUACAAAAUGUGAGGAAGAGUACAUGAUAAUAUGUGACGAUUGUCUUCAUGAAGUAUUAGAAAGAGAAUUUGUUAACUGGUCGAGUGGAAAUUUGCAAAUCGAUGAAUUUAUUAGAAAAGCACAGCAAUCAUUACCAUAUAGUCGAUAUCCUGAAUGGAUCCCAUAUAAUUGUUUCACAGAAAUAAAAAUUAUUAUUAGAGGCGAACUUGGUGCGAUAAUUUCUGCAAAAUGGAGCCAAGGAGUUAAAAGAAUACAAAAUUUUAACAAUGAACGCUAUCACAUUCGAUCAGAUCCCUGUGCGGUUGUACUAAAGAAGUUUAUAAACCAGUCUUUACUUAUAGAAACGCAGCUUCAAGACCGAUCUGAUUGUUGUUGUUUAUACGGAAUUACUCAAGAUCCUUCAACAUUAGAAUAUAUACUUGUAGAACCCACGUAUCUAUGCGACAGUUGUCUUUCUAACUGGUCAAGUGGAAAUUUACUAAUUGAUGAAUUUAUUGGAAAAGCACGGUUGUCAUCAUCUUAUAGUCGAUAUCCCGAAUGGAUUCCAUAUAAUUACUUCAUCGAAAUUAAAUAUAUUAAUAGAGGCGAACUUGGUGCGAUAAUUUCUGCAAAAUGGAGCCAGGGUGUAAAAAAAAUACAAAGGUCUAAUAAUAAUAAUAAGCGCUAUUAUAUUCGAUCAGAUCCCUGUAUGGUUGUUUUAAAGUUUAUAAAUCGAUUUUCACUUAUAGAAAAGCAGCUUCAAGACCGAUCUGAUUGUUGUUGUUUAUACGGAAUUACUCAAGAUCCUUUAACAUUAGAAUAUAUGUUUGUAGAACCCACACAUUUAUGCGACAAUUGUCUCCAUAGAGUUUUAAAAAGCGAGUUUUCUAACUGGACCAGUGAAAGUUUACAAAUUGAUGGGUUUAUUCAACAAGACAAAUUUCAUCUUAUAUCCAGCGGGUUCGGUGCUGCAUAUUCUGCAAGAUGGGACAAGGGAAUAAAAUCGGUUUCCAUAAUAGACGGUGACAAAUAUUAUACUCGAUCUGAUCCCUGUACUGUUGCAUUAAAACAAUUAAAAAGUGAAAAAGAUUCUGUUCAUAUUUUAUUUAAGGAGAUUCAAGCUCAAUUUAAUUGCUGUCAUUUAUAUGGCGUUACUAAAAAUCCUUCGACAUCACAAUAUAUGUUCGUAAUGCGUUAUGCACCACAAAGUGAUCUUCGACGAUUCCUGCAGAAAAAGUUUGAUAAACUAACUUUAGAAAAUAAAUUAAACAUAGCACAGUCUAUAUGUACAGAACUUCAAAAUAUUCAUGAUAAAGGUUGGGUACACGGCGAUCUUCAUUGUGGAAAUAUUUUAUUAUUAAAUGAAGAAGAUGCUUUUAUUUCAGAUUUUGGACUAUGUCGACCAGUGAAUGAAGCACAGAUGACUGAAAAGAAAUUUUAUGGAGUCAUACCAAAUAUGGCACCAGAGAUACUUCGUUGUCAAUCACCAUAUUCUCAGGCAGGUGAUAUUUAUAGUUUAGGUAUUAUUUUAUGGGAAUUAGCUUGUGGGAUUCCAGCAUUUUCAAACAGGGCGCAUGACGCAAAUCUGAUAAUAAAUAUUUGUGAUGGUCUUCGACCAAAAACAUGCCAUUUUGUGCCUCCAACUUAUAAUGAUAUGCUAAGAAAAUAUUGGGAUCAAAAUCCUUUAGAACGACCGACUAUAGCCAUGGUAUUGGAUUUGAUUCAGUUAUUAUGUCGGCGGAUUAAUGAUCGGGAAUUGCUUAAUUCGCAUAAUGCAACUAUAACAUAUAAUUUGAUGAAAUGGAAACCAGAUAUUCCUAUUCAUCCGAAUGCAGUAUACAAAAGUCGCGUGAUUAGUGUUAACAAUGGAUAUAAGACUCGUCAAAGCAAUAUGGCAAUUUCUCUUCAUUAUGAAAUUUCUGAUAUAUAA